AUGGGUAUACAUAAUAUUGUUCGAUUUGAUUUUCCAUCACCAUCACCAUCAAAAAAUCUUCUUCAAACUAUUCAAUGUUUAUAUGCAUUACAUGCUAUUGAUGAACAAUCUCAUUUAAAAGCUGAUUUAGGAAUGAAAGUGGCUGAAUUACUAUUACAUUCAACACAUGUACGAGCAUUAAUUAUUUCAUCCGAAUAUGGAUGUACACAAGAAAUAUUAAAAAUUAUUCCAUCACUUCAAGUUAAACAUGUUUUUCUUAAUCCACCUAAUGAAAGAAUGCAUGCAACCAAAUUACAUGUCAAAUUUGCUUGUCAAGAAGGAAAUCUUAUUACUGUACUUAAUGUUAUUAAUGCAUUUGAACAACAAAUCAUGCCACAACAAUUUUGUGAUAAGUAG